CUCCCGGUUUCUUCCGCGUGCACAUCUCCACCCGUCUCGCGGGAAAGCGAAAUGGUACGUUUCUUCCCUCGCAUCGAACCCAAGUCGCCAAACUUACCGUCGUAAACUGUGAGGCACACACUGGUAACCCAUUGGUCUCGCCUCACCGGCAGCAGCCACUUACCAACCUCGCUGUGGCGUUCGAGCUAUUCCAAUCUUCCACCCGCCGGCGGGUGAGAGCACUGCACGCUGUUUUUCUUCCUCCAUUGCUAGAGGCUGGAGGCUGGAGCAGAGCAGCAGAGGUGCGGCCGGUGGACGGUUGGAGCCAUCGCCCAACAACUGUUUGAGAAAAAAUGCCACGACAGGAUCCAGCAUGGGAACAUUGUGUUGAAGAAGAUCCUCACGAUAAAGAGAAAAGGGGAAACUUGAUAUGCAAUUAUUGUAAAGAAACUUACAGAGGUUUAACAAUGGGACUAAAUAAAACAGAAAUAAAUCUGAGGAGGUUGCUUUAUUUUGCUCCUAAUCAGCAGAAUCCAUCAAAACUUGUGCAUUAUGUUGCUACUUCAAGGGAACUAUUAGAACAGUUGAAGAAAGAUAGUGCAUCAGAUGGCUUACCAAGUAUCUCUAAAGUGAACUUGAAUGAAUAUUCCGAGAGAAUUGAAGCACUUGCAGCUGCAUUAGCUUCCAUGAGACCAAAUGACGUAGUUCAGGCUGAGGUCCACGAGUUGAAAGAAUCAGGUGACAUCCAACCGGAAGAAACACUGCCAAGACCAGAGCCAAGUCAAAUGAACAAGCCCUCAUCACAAACUCUUAGAAGGAGAUUUGUGUCUAACUCAGAAGGAGACGCCAAGGUUUCUGUCAGCAAUUCCUCUGCUAGGUUGGACAGUUCUGCUCAGGAGCACAUAGAGAAGCAUCGGAAACUACAGGAGGACCUCACAGAUGAAAUGGUUGUCCUAGCACGGCAGCUAAAGGAGAGCAGCCUGUUGAUGAGUCAAUCGGUGAAGGAGACUGAGAAGAUACUUGAUUCUACUGAGAAAGCUGUGGAGCAUAGUCUAGCGAGCACUGGCCAUGCCAAUACGCGUGCAAUGGAAGUCUACUCACGGAGCUUCAACACUACAUGCUUCACAUGGCUCUUGAUCUUUGUCAUGAGUUGCGUGUUUGUCAUGGUUGUGCUUCUUAUUCGUGUUACUUGAAAAAGCGGUCUUCUGGAUAAUCAUAUUCCAUGUGCUACAGUAUCAUGGCUCUGCAUUAUCGUGCAAGUGGAUUUCUAAAUUUUCAGGAAGCUUGGAAGAUUUCCGGUGCAAUUCCACCAGCUAGUCAAUCUUUUUUCAUGCGUGCUUGUUAUGGUUGUGCUUCACAUAGUGCGUCAAGAAAAGUUUUUCCCCUGAUCGCCAUGAUGCUUGUGUUACGUUUGUCUCAAAAGAGGUUUUCAUGGCUUCUUUCGCAUCAGUCUGCAGAAGCUGGCUUUGAAGAACUGUCCUGAGCAUGUGAGAUGGCAUGUAACUCCAUAGCUAGUACAUCUUUUAGAAUUUCAUAGGGUACAGCUGAAGGCUUGCUGCAUGGCAGAGUGUAGGUACUGGACUGAUGAAGCCUUCUGUCACUUGUCAUGUGUCUUAAAUUUGGCUGUAAUUAGUAUGCAACCAAAUAAAAAUUUGAUACAUGUAUAUAUGUUCCCUUUGCAGAGUCUCA